AUGACUCAAGCAGCAAAACAAAUUCUUCGUCAAAAAUUGCGUCAUGUACUCAAAACAAUGUCUAAUGAAGAUCGUAUCUAUCAAUCGAAUAUAGUUACUAAUUAUCUUCUACAUCAUCCAAAAUAUCAAUCAUCUCGUGCAAUAUCUAUUUAUGUUCAUAUGAAUACUGAAAUAUCCACUCGUGAUAUAAUUCAACAUGCAUUCCAAUCUGAUAAACAUGUUUUCGUACCACGUUAUGAUUUAACAUCAAUGGAUAUGGUACGUAUUUAUUCAUUAGAUGAUCUUGAUUCAUUACCUGUCACAAAAUGGAAUAUUCGACAACCAUCUUUAGAUGAUAAAAAUCGUGAAAUAGCAACUAAUAAUAUUGAUCUUAUUAUUGUACCUGGUUUAGGAUUUUCAUUAGAUGGUUCACGUCUUGGACAUGGUAAAGGUUAUUAUGAUAAAUAUUUAAAUUCAUUAAAUGGAAAGUUUUAUACUAUUGGAUUAGCAUAUCGUCAACAAAUUCUUGAAAAUAAUAGUAUACCAAUGGAUUCAGAGGAUGUUCGUAUAAAUGAAAUAUUAGUUUCAAAAGAAGCAUAA